AUGGAGAGAUCCAUCUACGGCUGCUUUGUAUCCCUUGAAGCUGCCCACACAGAGCAGCUGCAGCAGCGCAGGCUCUCGAGUGUCUCUGAGGCCCUCUCAGAGGCUGCCUCAUCCAGGGAGGACGUGUUCUCCUCCUGCCUGAAGCCAAGGCUUUGCAGCACCACAGCAAAUCGUGCCUUGCAAACUCAGGCAAACAGCUUUACUUCAUGGUUCCUCGGCGAGGCGGGCGGCGGGGAAGGCGCCGAGGGUCUGACGAGCAGCAAGUUCCGGGCGGACUGGGCCUACCGGCGACGGGAGUUUGAGAAAGCCCUGUGUGACUACUCAAACUGCUUACUACUCUUACCUCCCAGUAACGUUGCAAUGAGACGAGAUGUCCAAGAGGGCCAGGCUCGGUGUUUAUCCCACCUAGGAAGGCACAAGGAGGCUCUCGAUAUUGCACAAAAAAUGAGAGAUGGUGCUACUAACACAGAUCACUUGACAGCGGUUCUCAGCCUGCAGUUUGCCAUUUACCAGGGCCUGGAAAAUGUAGGAGAAAAGAUCAUGUGUCUGCAGCAGCUGAUCUGCUUACAUCCUUUCAACCCUUGGUACUGGAAGUUACUCGCUGAAGCUUAUAUGAGCCUUUUACACAGUUUGACUCCAUUAGACAUUCCAGAAACAAAUCUAAAUCAGUCUAAAGAGGUUAGUUUUAGUGAUAGGAGUUUCAAAACAUCAGCUGGAAGAGAGAUUAAUUUGCAGCCUGACCCAUCAGACAGCCAGAAAGAAGGCCCUUGGUCCAGCCUUGCUACAGAAACAAAGAGAGAGAAUGCAGUGACUUGUAGGAGCAGCCAAGUUGUGAAAGAAUUCUUCUGCACUUCAGAAGAACUGGAAAGGAUGGAUGGAGGGAAACACACAGCUUCUGAGUCCUGGAAGCAGAACAUGUGGAAGAACACUGGGAUAAAGGCAUGUGCGUCAUUUAUUAGAGCAAGGCUUUUACUUCAGCUUACCCAGUUGCAACAGUCGUCCUUUGCACUAGAGAGUAACAUGAAAGGUCAAAAAGAAAUUGAUGACCAAGUGGCACGACUUGAUUUCAAUGAAAACUCCUUGCUGUUGAUGACCAAGGUUAUGGGCCAGGAUCUUGUACCAGAAAAACUAAAAGAAGAAUUUCAGGGUGAGGUAAAAUGCAUAGGCCCUUCAGCACUGUCAUCACUGGUAACUGCAUCAGCCACAGAAUUUGAAAUCAAAUGGUUUAGUAAUCUCCAAGAUGAUUUAUGUCACUUUGACAGACAAUUCUGUUCAGAUUGA